AUGAUAAAGACCGGUUUCAGCGGGUGGUGUCGAUCCACUCGAGCCGCAUUUGGUGUGCGUACGUUCUCGUCGGCGACCCGCACGAUGAAAGAAGCAGACAAAACCGCCAAACAUAUGGAAUUUUUAUCCAAAUUUUAUACUCCAGAAUUACUCGAAAGUGUACAAAUAACUGAGUCUUUGGUAAAACCCUCGACGAUGCUAGAGCUCAAGGAAAAAAGGUUGCGGUCCCGAGUUGCCCCUAAGAACAAGUCUUUUGACUAUUCGACCAGCGAUCCUCAAUGGGAUGAGCCUAUACUUUACCCCAAUCAAGCCAAUGAACGAUCACCAUAUGCACCUAUUCCUCAGAUCCAGGCAGCCGAUAGAACCGACUUGGUGUUGAGGUUCAAGCCUGAUGUCAGUGCUGCCAAGAAAAGAUCCCCAUUGAAGGGAAAAAGAGAAAUUGCUGAAGGGCUUUCCAAAUUGACUGGCUUGGAUCAACGUUAUAUUUCCAAUUUGUACGUGAGACCCAUCGUUAUGAAGCGAGUUUCGUGCCAGACAUCCAAGGGUAAGAUCCCCAACUUUUACGCUUUGACGGUUGUGGGAGACAAAAAUGGAAUGAUUGGUUUGGGUGAAGGUAAGUCCAGAGACGGAAUGAGAACGGCGUUGGUUAAGGCGCACUGGAAUGCCGUUAAGAACUUGACGCCGAUUCCAUUGUAUGAGAACAGAACUGUUCUUGGCGAAAUCGAAUACAAAUUUCAUGCCGUAAAACUUUUCAUCAAAUCGGCACCCAGUGGUUUUGGCUUGAGAGUCAACUCGAAUAUUUUUGAGGUUUGUCAGGCUGCCGGUAUCAAGGAUUUACGAGGCAAAAUCUACAAGUCCAGAAAUUCCAUGAACGUGGUCAAGGGUUUCGUGGAGGCACUCACCAAACAAAGAACCAUUGAAGAUCUUGCAGCCGGUCGUGGUAAGAAAUUGGUAGACUUGCGUAAGGUAUACUACUCGGCAUAA